UUCCUAAAUUUUUAAUUGAAACCAAUUGGUCUUAGCAAUAUGAUGCUAUUCAAGGCGCUGAGGAAAUCGGGACUGGCGCGUUGCAAGUUUCCAUUUCGCUUCACAAGCUGCGUCGCCAAUCAGAAGUACGACUACGACUUGGUGGUGCUGGGCGGUGGCUCUGGCGGACUCGCAUGUGCAAAGGAGGCAGUGGAGUAUGGUGUACGGGUGCUGUGCUUCGACUAUGUAAAGCCCACUCCCGUAGGCACCAAGUGGGGCGUGGGCGGGACCUGUGUGAAUGUGGGCUGCAUACCCAAGAAGCUGAUGCAUCAGGCCUGUCUUCUGGGCGAGGCUGUGCAUGAGGCCGUCGCGUAUGGCUGGAAUGUGAACGAUCAGAACAUUAAGCCCGAUUGGAAGAAACUUGUCAAGUCGGUGCAGGAUCACAUCAAGUCUGUGAAUUGGGUGACACGAGUCGAUCUGCGGGACAAGAAGGUUGAGUAUGUCAACUCGAUGGGCUACUUUGUGGAUGCUCACACCAUCGAGUACAAGACCAAGCGAGGUGAACGCAUGCAGCUGACCGCCGAGUACGUUGUAGUUGCCGUUGGUGGACGCCCGAGGUAUCCGUCGAUCCCUGGCGCCACUGAGUACGGCAUCACCAGUGAUGACAUCUUUAGCUACGAGAAGGAGCCGGGACGCACUCUCGUAGUGGGCGCCGGCUACGUGGGAUUGGAGUGUGCCUGUUUUCUCAAAGGACUCGGAUACGAUCCCACCGUCAUGGUGCGUUCGAUUGUGCUGCGAGGCUUCGAUCGACAGAUGUCUGAGCUUCUGACCGCCAUGAUGACUGAGCGUGGCAUUCGCUUUCUGAGCACCACUAUUCCCACUGCGGUGGAGCGUCUACCCGAUGGAAGACUGCUCGUUAAGUAUCACAAUACAGUCACUGAGACGGAUGAGAGCGAUGUCUUUGAUACUGUUCUAUGGGCCAUUGGCCGCAAAGGUCUCACCGAGGAUCUCAAUCUCGAAGCAGCCGGAGUCAAGACCAAGAACGACAAGAUCGCCGUAGAUCAAACGGAGGCGACCAAUGUUCCACAUAUCUAUGCGGUGGGUGACAUAAUCUAUGGCCGACCUGAACUCACUCCCGUGGCGAUCUUGUCGGGCCGUCUCCUGGCACGACGUCUCUUUGCCGGAUCUACGCAGCUGAUGGACUACACUGACGUCGCCACCACAGUCUUCACACCACUCGAAUACGCUUGUGUGGGCAUGUCCGAAGAGAUGGCCAUUGAGAAGCUUGGUCCCGAGAACAUUGAGGUAUUCCACGGCUAUUACAAGCCCACGGAGUUCUUUAUUCCUCAGAAGAGCGUGCGUCAUUGCUACCUUAAGGCUGUGGCCGAAGUAUCCGGAGAUCAAAAGAUUCUGGGGUUACAUUACAUGGGUCCAGUUGCUGGCGAGGUCAUUCAGGGUUUUGCUGCUGCUCUAAAGUCUGGUCUGACCGUGAAGACGUUGCUGAACACGGUUGGCAUUCACCCCACAACUGCCGAGGAAUUCACCAGGCUAUCGAUAACUAAGCGUUCGGGUCGUGAUCCAACUCCUGCCUCAUGUUGCAGUUAAGUCGACAGUCAUGAAGAUACUAAGUUCAUUGAAAUGUGUUGAAUGUAUGGAAAAGUAAAACAUAUUUUACACUCAAAACCUUUGAAGGGCACUCCACGGUCAAAGAAAUGACCACUCACACCCAUCGUUAACUGCUAUGUCCAUGGGGAGACGUAGGAAAAUUACUCAAAAUGACAAUUUAUCAAUAAACAAUGACUAAUUGUUAGCCACUUCUCCUUG